AUGAUGGUAAAACAGGAGGAACCGCUGAAUGAGAUUAGCCCGAAUACUCCGAUGGCUAAGAAAUCUUAUUCAUUAAACGAGACGCUUAUGAAAGUACAUCAUGGUAACCAAGCAAGACCACUAACCUCAGUAUCAUCUGGGAGUAGUUCAACUAAUUCUAUUGGCAUGCUCACAAUGCAUAAUAAUAUAAUUCGUGACUUCUUAAAAACUGCAAGCAGUAACAUAGAGUUGGCCACCGAGGAUAUUACCACCGUUGAUCAUUCAUUAAGUUCAAUAUAUAGCCUAUUAAAGAGUCGUCACAUGUGGGGCCAUAUAAACUCCACUGUCAAACAACAUUUGAUGGUAAUAGUCAAACUUAUAAAUAAUAACGCAUUGGGAUUGGCCUCAUCUGAAAUUAUUUUUCUUUUCAAUGAAACAAAUUUAUUUCAAGCUCAUAGUUUAAAGAAUAUUCUUCUUGCAGAUUUUAGUACGUGGAAUGAUUACUAUCUUUCAAAUCUGAAAAUAUUGACGAUGCAGCUUAUACUGAAGAGAAAGCUCGUAGAUGAAUACUUACCACAUAUAUUGGAGCUAUUUUCCCAUGAUGAAAGGUACCUUCUGAAAGAUCCCACCCUCAAAGCACAUGCUCUCACGAAAAUAGUGCUAAGCUUUUUUUCUGUCACGACAAGUUGCAAAAUUUUAUUUGGGCUGAAGUUUUUACAAUAUAUCAAACAGUACAAAUUACCUUUCAAAAAUUUCAUCAGCAACAUUAGCAUCGAGUGUUUUAGCAAAAACCUCCUGCAUAAAAACUAUUUGAACAUGGGACCUAAUAAAAUAUACUUAAAUUCAUUUUACUUAUCCUAUUCCAAGCUGUACGAUGCACUGGAUAAAAUAAUGCUUCUAGACGUUUUAAGUUACGAAGAAACUACCGGAGUGCAAAGCGCAAUAAAAGCUAAAAAAGAAUUUAGUGAGUUCUGUAACGCGAGUGGGAAUCGUCUUCUUUGGUCCUGUAUUUCUGUCGAUGAUUUGAAGGUAAUACUCGAAAGCGCAACAAAUUCUUUACAAAAUAAAAAGAAACAUAUAUCUGCCACCUUAAGAUGUCUAGUAUGUCUUUGGUCUACUAUUCGUCUGGAAGGAUUACUUAAAAAUAAGGAUAUUUUAAGACAAUUUGACUGUACUGUCAUUUAUAUCAACUCAAAUAUAAAAUCCAUCAACGACGAACCGACGACUGGCUCAUUAUCAGAACUUCUGACAGUUUUAUCUGAAGUCUGCAUCGAUUAUAAAGAGCCUAAACGACUGUCAAACAUUAUCAGUGUCUUUUUUAAUGCUUCUGUUUUAUUUAAAAGCCAUUCGUUCCUGCUGAAGACUGCCAUUUUGGAAAUUAAAAAUGUUUUAAUUUGUAAUGAUUCAAAAACAGCUCAUAGAACUAUACUGAAGUUUGAAAAAUUCAUAUCUAGUGCCCAGAGCGCUCAGAAAAAACUUGAAAUCUUUUCCUGUUUUUUUAAUGUAUAUUGCAUGCUACGAAAUGAGACGUUAUCAUUUGUUUUUGAUUUUUGUCAAACUGCAUUCAUUCAUUGCUUCACACGCCUAAAAACCGCGAAAUUCAUCGAAUUUUCAAACUGUUCUGAAAUCAUGCUUUCAAUACUAUAUGGAAGUUCAUCUAUCGAAUACAUUCCUUCCGAAAAUUGGUCACAAUUAAGCAGAAUGAUAUUUUGCUCAUUAAAGGGUAUUUUUGGCUUGGAUCCUUCCGAGAUGAAUAACAAGUUUGAUAAGUUACACUUACUAAAUAAAUACGAACUAUUAAUCAGAAUAGUGUAUUUAUUAAACCUAGACAUGAGUAAACACCUAACAACAAAUCUAUCAAAGAUAACUAAGCUGUACAUAAGCAAAUGGCUACAAAAGUCGGAUGAAAAAGCUGAGAGAAUAUCAUCAUUUGAAAUAAACUUCGUUAAAAUGUUACUGUGCUACUUGAACUUCAAUAGUUUUGAUAAAUUAUCCAUUGAACUUUCACUUUGUAUUAAAUCAAAGGAAAAGUACUUCUCCAGUAUCGUGCCCUAUGCCGACAAUUAUUUGCUAGAAGCUUACCUGAGCCUGCAUAUGAUUAAUGAUGCCCUUGUGAUGAAGAAUCAAUUACAAAGGACGAUGAACUUACCAACAGCGAGGAUAGAGCAGGCGCUAUUGUAUGUAAGUUCUUUGAUAAAUGUCCACUUGUGGGAGGCUGACUUAACAGCGUUUCAAAUAUAUUUUGGGGAAACACUGCCUGCUCUAAGGCCUGAAUUAUUUGAUAUCAAUAAUGACCAUAAUCUACCCAUGUCGCUUUACAUUAAAGUUAUUCUUUUGAACAUUAAAAUUUUUAAUGAAAGCGCGAAGCUAAAUAUCAAAGCUGGUGAUGUUAUAUCUGCUGUAAUUGACUGUAGAAAGGCACAGAAUUUAUCGUUAUCGCUACUUAAAAAGAAGAACAAACUAUCGCAAGGAUCGAGACUGGCAUUACUAAAGAGUUUAUCAUUUAGUUUUUUCCAACUCAUUAAAAUACAUAUACGUAUUGGUUCCGCCAGAGACUGUGAAUUCUACUGUAAAGAAUUAUCUAGGAUUAUCUCUGACUUAGAGGAACCGAUUAUCGUGUACAGAUGUCUCCAUUUUCUUCAUAGAUACUAUAUGAUCACAGAGCAAAGCAGUCUUCAAAAUAUAACUUUGAAAAAAGCUAAUAAGGCAUUCGAUUAUCUUGAUGCCGAGGCAGACAUUACAAGUUUGACAAUGUUUUUGGAUGAUAACAAGGAAUUUGUGAAAUUGGAGCAGUCAUUGGUGCUAUAUUUCGGUGACCAGCUAGGAAAAACAUUUUUGCCAGAUUUGUGGAGGCUUAACAUGGGUAAGGAUAUUGAUGAUAGUAUUUGUCUACCCGAAUAUAUGCACAAGAACGUCAUCAAUAGAGCGCACAAUAUGUGGCGGAAAGUUAUGAGCCAAUUGGAGGAAGACCCUUUUUUUAAAGGUAUGUUUGAAUCUACCCUUGGGAUUCCCUCUUCUUUGCCUGUUAUUCCUAACGUGAUGCCCAACAAUAUUCUGAAAACUCCUUCGAAGCAUAGUACAGGUUUGAAGCUUUGCGAUUCCCCGAGAUCAUCGAGCAUGACGCCUAGAGGUAAGAACAUGAGACAGAAGUUUGAUAGAAUGGCUGCUAUUGAUAAAUUAAAAAAGAUGAAGAAGCUUUUGGAGAGUUUAAAACUAGACACAUUAGAUAACCACGAACUGUCAAAAAUUGCCUCUCUGUCUUCACUAACUCUAACCAUUCUUUCAAACAUCACUAGUGUCAAUAAUGCUGAGCGUAGUUUGAUAACUAAUUUUUCUUUAAGCGACUUGCCAAGACAUAUGCCUUUGUUAUUCGAUAAGAAAUUGAACAGUAUUGAUAACGAAGAUUACAGAAAAUUUCGCGUUUCAUCACUAAUCACCUCGAAUAAUAUAUCCACCACUACAGAGAAUGAUAAGGUAUCUGCCGCUCAACAGGACCUAAUGGAAAGUAAUCUAGAUAUUAACGUCAUCACUAUUGACUUCUGUUCCGUAACUGGAAAUUUACUUCUAUCUAAAUUAGAACCGCGACGUAAGAGAAGGACACAUUUGAGAUUACCGUUAAUACGAUCUAAUUCAAGAGACCUCGACGAAGUUCAUCUUUCAUUUCCGGAGGCUACAAAGGAGCUGCUUUCCAUCAUAAAAGAAAGUAAUGAAACAACGUCAGUGGAAGUUACCAGCAAGAUUAAAACAAGGGAAGAAAGAAAGUCUUGGUGGACCACAAGGUAUGAUCUGGAUAAACGAAUGCAAACAUUGUUGAAUAGCAUUGAGAAUAGUUGGUUUAAUGGUGUCCAAGGGUUUUUCAGCCCUGAAGUCGUUGACAGCUCGUUAUUUGAAAAAUUCAAAGACAAAUUUUACGAAAUCCUACAUCAAAACCUUCCUUCUAGAAAACUGUAUGGAAAUCCAACAAUGUUUAUAAAAGUUCAAGAUUGGGUAAUAGAGUUGUUUUUGAAACUUAAUCCACAAGAAAUCGAUUUUCUUUCGAAGAUGGAAGACCUGAUAUACUUUGUUCUUGAUAUUCUUCUCUUCCAUGGAGAAGAGAAUGCUUACGAUGAAAUUGAUUUCAGCAUGCUUCACGUGCAGUUAGAAGAGCAAAUAAAGAAAUUUAGGGCAACUAUGAAAACUAAUAGUAUAUUUCAUACAUUUUUGGUCGUUAGCAGUUCAUGCCAUCUGUUCCCUUGGGAGUGUCUUUCAUUUUUGAAAGAUUUGUCAAUCACUCGUGUUCCUUCCUAUGUUUGUCUGAAUAAACUUUUAUCGCGUUUCCAUUACGAACUACCCCUUCACGUAACUAUCAAGGACAACAUUAGUAUGAUAUUAAAUCCUAAUGGUGAUUUGUCCAGGACUGAGUCUAAAUUCAAGGGUAUGUUCCAGAAAAUAAUUGAUUCAAAACCUUCCUCCCAGUUGGUGAUGAAUGAGAAGCCGGAAGAGGAAACUCUUUUGAAAAUGCUGCAAAAUUCUAAUCUGUUCGUUUAUAUAGGGCAUGGCGGAGGUGAACAAUAUGUGAGAGGUAAGGAGAUAAAGAAAUGCGCCACAAUUGCCCCCAGCUUUUUACUGGGUUGUUCUUCAGCGGCAAUGAAGUAUUACGGCAAGUUAGAACCUACCGGAACAAUCUAUACUUAUUUGCUAGGAGGGUGUCCUAUGGUAUUAGGUAAUUUAUGGGAUGUGACUGACAAAGAUAUUGAUAAAUUUAGUGAGGAACUAUUUGAAAAGAUGGGAUUCUGUUGUAACGCCGACGAUUCGAAUGAUAGUGGAUUAUCCGUCUCACAUGCCGUCUCUAAAUCUAGGGGUGUAUGCCAUCUACGUUACCUGAACGGCGCAGCUCCUGUUAUUUAUGGAUUACCGAUCCAGUUUUUGUCAUAA